AUGCCAUUGAAACCAUUUACCUGUCCUUUGCCUGAAACAAGGUUUCUUCACGCAGGCAGGCGUGUGUACAAGUUUAAAAUCCGGUAUGGCCACUUCAGCAGUGCUCCUGAUUUCGACAACACAGAAAGUGCUGUCAAGGAGUUAGAGGAAGCGAUUCGAGUAAUCCUUGGAAAUCUUGAUGAUUUGCAUCCAUUUUCUACAGACCAUUUCACUGUCUUUCCGUAUUUGAGUAAAUGGGAGAGAGUAUCGGAGAUGAGAUUCAAACAUAAGAAUGUCCAUCUUGUGCCUUAUCCCUACAUUUGCACUAUGUAUCUAGAACUGAACUCAUUUCAGCAAAACGUACUUUGUGGUAAAGAAGUAAACCAGGGCAGUGAUGAGCUUGUGAAGAGAAGAAAUGAAGUGUCAGAAAGUACUGCGGGGGAAGCAUCAGUGAAGGGGAGAAGAGUGGAAGUCCGAGCAGAGAUCUCAUGCCGACAGUCAGGUAUUGACAGGACUGGAGCUGAGUGUGUUCACCGUAUGAGUAAAGCAAAGCAUGGAUUUGAAAUG